UUUGUUUAUAUUCUUUUUCUUGAAGAUCCAUUGUUGAUGUUAAAGUUGAGAUUGAUACUUCAAAUGUAAGUGCAUAAUGAAGUUGGAAAAAGGAGGGCCAAGACUAGAGUUUGCCACUUGAAGGUGUAAUUUUAGGGUUCUCGAUCACUUUGCCUUUUUCAUGUCUCACAUUUUCAAAUUAUGGAUGGAGGAGGAAAUAAAUGUGGCUAAACAAGGAUAUCUUUGAAAUAUGUUUUUAAAGUAGAGUAGAGCAUGAAGAGGAUUCAAAUCCUGCCAUAAAUUUUCUGAAUUGACUUAGUUUUCAACUUUGUUUAGACUUAUGUUACAGAAAAUGAACCUUUCUUGGCAUGGCACAAUCACAAGAUCUUGAGAUGUUUUCAGAAUUAGUCUUAAGUUUCUUUGCAAAGCAUGGGGAUCAUUGGAUCCAAAUAAAACAAGUACCAGAAUAUAGAAAUCAAGAUAUUAACUUAUUACUUUGUCUUUGGUUAUAAAGACUAUUGAAGAUUUUCUCUUGAUAACAAAGAAUAUGAUUGGCAACAAAUUUAACAUUUGGCUGACAGGCAAGUUAGUGGUAGUUGUGGGAUUGAUAUCGCUCAUGAUAUCUAGGUUGAAGACAUUAACUCCAGUUAGUUAUGUAGAGACCCGUGCGAAAAGUAAGUAUGGAAAUUCUAAAAGUAAUGAGAUUCACAUAAAAGAAGGUUCGCAGCCAGAAAUUUACACAGAAGAAGAUGCCAAGCUUUUGGGAGAUUGUGAAUCAAAAUGGGUUCUUGGUGUGGAUGGAUAUGGUCAAGAUGGAAAGCGUGUGUAUGAUCCUGUCAAUGGAAAGUCGUGUCAUCAAUGCAGGCAGAAGACUCUUGGUCACCAUACACAUUGCAGCAAAUGUAAAUUAGGCCAGGGGCAAUUUUGUGGAGAUUGCUUGUACGCACGAUAUGGAGAGAAUGUGAUGGAAGUGAAUUUGAAUCCCAAUUGGGUCUGCCCGGUAUGUCGAAGUAUUUGCAACUGCAGUUUGUGUCGACAAUCAAAAAGAUGGAUGCCGACCGGUGCUAUAUAUAGAAAGGUCCACAAUUUGGGUUUCAAGUCUGUGGCUCAUUAUCUCAUUCAAACCCGUUGCAAUCAGACGAACCAGAAAGGCUCAAGUUCAAAACAUGUAGAUGCUGGAGAUAGUUCACAAGCUUUGGCAAACGACCCACAGCAUCAUGACUAUUCCCUGUCUUCUGGUAAUAGCCUCGACAUUGAAGGUACAAUGGAAUAGCCACAAUUUUCAGACAGUCGGCAUUUUAAGAAUUGGAUGGAAGAGGGGAGAAGAACGAUAAGGCUAAGUUGGAUUCUAACAGUUAGGAACAGAAUUUGUUUUUGGAUUGAUAUCAUAGUGGAUCUGAAAUCUCUAUUAGGAUAUGAUCUUGAUGAAAAAAUUUACUCUCUGAUCAAGAUCAUUUAAUUUUGUGACGUAACUAAAUAGAAAAGGGAAAGAAAAUUCCUUCAGAACUACAUCUUUUGUAUAGAAACUUUUAACAUCUAUGAUGGUCACUACUCUCACUAAUGCAGAAUACAGUUUAGCCAUGGAAAUCAAUGAUAUUAUGUUGCAUUA